AUUCCACUCCCAAAACAGUUCAAUAAAUCAAAAAAAUCAAUGGAUCAUCACGCUGCAUAACAUCCAAUUUUUUUCAUUCCCUAUCAAUCAUCCAAAGAUGCAAUCAUCACCUCUAUCUCUAUCCAUUAUUAUUUUACUGUUAUUACUAGGUUUACAUACAUCAGUAGAUGGAUUCAAAUUACCCUUUAAAGUAAACGACGUGUUACCGGUUUUACCGCGUCAAAUAUCGUGGCCAGUUAUGAAUAGUUUCGGUAAAGCGGUUGAUUUAUUACCGUCUUUUGUUGGAACAAUUUCGCCGAAUAAUGGAAGUAUUAAUUGGAAAGGGUCUUGCUUUACUGUUAAUCAAGCUUAUAUGGAAUUUACCCAUGAAAAUAAUAAUAUUAAUCUUAAUAAAAAUGAUAUUAAUAGUGAUCAUAGUGGUCUUGGUGGUGGCAUCAUUUAUCUUAAGACCGAUGAAGCACACAGCUGGACAUGUAUGGAUCUUUAUGUUUUUGCGACGCCUUACAGUAUUACCUGGGACUACUACUUCACAGGACGUGAACAUACUUUGGAGUUUAAGUCCUGGGCGGAACCUGCAGAGUUGGAAUAUGUAAAGCAGCAUGGGGUCUCUGUAUUUCUGAUGCCUUCUGGAAUGCUAGGAACCUUGGUUUCUUUGGUUGAUGUUUUGCCUCUAUUUUCCAAUACAAAGUAUGGCCAAAAUGCAAACCUUGCUUUUCUGAAAGAUCACAUGGGUGCUACUUUUGAGACACGAGCUCAGCCAUGGCGUGCAACAAUCAAUCCAAAUGAUGUCCAUUCUGGUGAUUUUCUAGCAGUGUCAAAGAUCCGUGGACGAUGGGGUGGUUUUGAAACAUUGGAGAAGUGGGUUACAGGGGCAUUUGCAGGUCAUACUGCAGUUUGUAUGAAGGAUGAAUUUGGCAAUUUAUGGGUUGGGGAAUCAGGACAUGAGAACGAAAAGGGCGAAGAAAUUAUUGUGGUUAUUCCUUGGGAUGAAUGGUGGGAUUUGGCCCUCAAGGAUGAAUCUAACCCACAAAUAGCUUUGCUACCGUUACAUCCUGAGAUACGUGCUAAGUGGAACAAUACCGCAGCAUGGGAAUAUGCUCGGAGCAUGUCAGGCAAGCCUUACGGCUAUCAUAACAUGAUUUUUAGUUGGAUUGAUACCAUUGGUGACAAUUUCCCGCCACCUAUUGAUGCUCACUUGGUGAUUUCUGUCAUGUCUAUGUGGACUAGAAUGCAGCCAGCUUAUGCUGCAAACAUGUGGAACGAAGCGCUAAACAUGCGUCUUGGAACAGAGGGGUUGGAUUUGUACGGGAUUUUAGAAGAGACGGAAAAGCGAGGCAUAUCAUUUGAUGAGUUGCUCACGAUUCCUGAGAAUGAUGAAUGGGUAUAUAGUGAUGGUAAAUCUACAACUUGUGUUGCCUUUAUUCUCCAAAUGUAUAAAGCAGCUGGAGUUUUUGGUCCAGUUGCAGAUUCUAUUCAAGUAACUGAAUUCACUAUCCGUGAUGCUUACAUGCUCAAAAUUUUUGAGAAUAACCAGACACGACUUCCAAAUUGGUGCAACAAUGGUGACGAUAAGCUACCAUUUUGCCAAAUUCUUGGUAAGUAUCGUAUGGAACUACCUCUAUACAACACUUUAGAGCCGUAUGCCAACAUGAAUGAGAACUGCCCUUCUCUCCCUCCGACGUAUGAGCGGCCUAUGCAUUGCUAAGUUCCCAAAAUUUAGGCGAAGCCUCAGUUUGUAUCAAUGUCACGUAUGUUGAAAACUUUGUAUUGUGUCAUUUCCUUAUGUAUCUACUUGCUAAUAUUGCAGUUACAGAAAAGAGUACACAUAAGCAGUAAUUUCUUCCACUUGUUAUUCCCAGAAGAUUAUUGUUUUGUAUAUAGUAUAGCUCUUUAUAUGAUUCUCGAA